UUACACUUGGAGAACCAUGGCCAGUAAUAAUAAUGCCCAAAUGAGUGAGAGUGAGGACACAGACACAGGCGUUGAACUGAGUAUUUUCAGAUUGGUUCAGCUGGAGGACUCUGAGGUUUUUCAUGCUGUGUCAAUGAAAAGUACAUACGUAGGUACCGUCCGAUCUCCUGGAUCUUACGUUCUGUUUGGCAAUUCGUCUGUGGGUGGUAGCCUGAGGAGAGGCUGGUAGACACCUCCAAUAGCCAGAAGAAGGCACUCUCAUAUGAAAAGGGAACUGUGAACCUCUGUCGGAGACUAUGUCCUUGUCUUGAAUUUAAAGUUUGGCCUCUCUCAGAUAUUGCAGGUUCUCAUGAUCAGUGAUGACUUUGAAGGGGUGUUUGGCUCCCUCCAACCAGAGGCGCCACUCCUCUAGGGCUUACUUUAUGGCAAGUAGUUCACGGUUGCCGAUAUCAUAAUUCUGCUCCUCUGGGGUUAACUUCUUGGAAUAAUAGGCGCAUGGAUUGCAGAGUGUUGGUGGCUCCCCCCCUAUUGUGACAGGACCGCUCCUACCUCCACCGUGGAGGCCUCCACCACAAACGGAAGGUCAGGGUCUGGAUGGGUAAGAGUGGGGGUGACGCAGAAGGCCUCUUUCAGGAGAUGGAAGGCUUUGACCGCCGGGGUGUCCCAGGUACGUUUACCGGGUUUCUUCUUGAGCAGGGAUGUGAGAGGUGCUGCGAUCUGGCUGUACUGAUCGCUGAAACAGCGGCAGAAAUUUGCAAAUCCGAGGAACUGCUGGAGUUGUUUGAUGGUCUGAGGUUGUGGCCAGUUGCGAACUGCCUCUACUUUUCCCCUGUCCAUGCUAACCCCAUGUGGUGUGAUGACAUAACCCAGGAAUUGCACAGAUGUUAGAUGGAACUCACACUACUUCUUCUUUUGGAUAGACCAUACGGCAUGACAUAGUAUUCAUAGUGACCGGCAGGAGUAAUGAAGGCCGUCUUCCACUUGUCACCCUUAUGGAUUCGGAUCAGAUUGUAGGCACUGUAGGCAGUGUGGAGAAUAUUUUGGCCCCUCGAAGCUCCUCUAAGGCGGUGGGCACCAGGGGAAGGGGAUAGGCGAAUUUUACAGGUUGAGAGUUUAUAUGGCGAUUAUCGAUACAGGGUCAAGUCCUCCAUCCUUCUUUCCUACAAAAAAGAAACUGGAGGCAGCCGGGGAUGUUGAUGGGUGGAUAAAUUCUUGUGAGAGAGCUUCUGUUUUGUACUUCUCCAUGGCUCGUGUUUACGGGAUUGAGAGUUGGUACAUACGACCUUUCGGCAGUGUGGCUCCAAGUAGCUGGUCGAUUGCACAGUCCCAUGGCCUAUGGGGAGGUAGUUUGGUAGCCGCGGAUUUACUGAACACGUCCUGGAACUCCCGGCAUCCAGGUGGAAGCUCCACAGAGAUAGAAGUUUGAGGACUUUCAACGUUAGUGGAUCCCAGGAUGGCGAACUCCUCCUCCUGAGAUGUUUUUAGGCAGUGAGUCAAGCAAUAGUCACUUGAGUAAACGUGAGGAGAUAAAGGUGCCAGAGGAUCCCGAAUCCAGAAGAAUUUUUACUGGAACAGAUUUAUGAGCAAGAAUCAACAAAUCAUCGUUAUGCGGAAUAUUCAUGGCUACAUUGUUUACAUGUAUGGGACUCGCUGCAGUAAGUUAGAAUUCUGGUGAAUUGGAACGGGUGCGUGAAACUGGUAAUCUGGUGUCAGAGGGCUGACGGAUCUGUGAAACUUAAGCAAUGAUACAGAAGUAAGGUAUUUUAACAAAUCAGAACAAGGCCUGAUCACACUAAUCUCUGUCUCCUAAAUUGACAUUUGAGAAAUGUCAUCAACACAGGUGACUUCAACACAAAUAUAGUGCUGAACACUAUCUGGUCUUCAUUUAAAUGUUAAACAUCUUUAUUGUAGAGACGUUCAGCGGGAGGACUCUGACAUCUUUGUGUCUCAUGUGUCAAUGAAAAGUAAUCAAUCGAUGGGACAUCCUUACAACUUAAGCAACGAUACAGAAGUCAGAUUUGUUCAGCGCGAGGACUCUGACGUCUUUGUGCCUCGUGUGUCAAUGAAAAGUAAUCAAUCGAUGGGACAUCCUUACAACUUAAGCAACGAUACAGAAGUCAGAUUGGUUCAGCGGGAGGACUCUGACGUCUUUGUGCCUCAUGUGUCACUGAAAAGUAAUCAAUCGAUGGGACAUCCUUACAACUUAAGCAAUGAUACACUAGUCAGAACUCAGCAACAUGAACUGAGUUCAAAUAUUUCAAAUGCGGACUUUACCUGGAUUAUUUCAUUUAAGCAUGCAUUGAAGAACAGAUAUCAAUGUAUAUUUGAGGGAAAUGAAGAGCACAGAAGCCCCGCUCUGCUCAACAACAUCUACACUGAGCUCUACAUCACAGACACUGGAAGUAGUGUCAAUGCAGAACAUGAAAUCAGACAGAUUGAGACAGUAUCUAAUCAUCCGAUUACAUGGGACACACCAAUACCAGUAAAUGGUGUCUUUAAAGCUUUUGCUGCGUUUAAACCAAUCAAAACUGUGCUAACAAAGGGAAUCGCUGGCAUUGGGAAAACUGUGUCCGUGCAGAAGUUCACCCUGGACUGGGCAGAGGAAAAAGCCAACCAGGACAUUCAUAUGAUAUUUCCACUUCCAUUUCGUGAGCUGAAUAGAUUUAAGGAAGAGAAAGUUACUGUGAUCCAGAUUCUCCAGCAGUUCUACGAUCUCAAGAUAGAAGCAAAUGUGUUGAGCUCAGGCAAAUACAGGAUCAUUUUCAUCUUGGAUGGCCUUGACGAAUGUCGAUUUCCUCUGGAUUUCCAGAAGAACAAGAGUUGCUCCAGUGUGACAGAAGCCGUCUCAAUUGGUGCUCUACUGACAAACCUCAUCUGCAAGAACUUGCUUCCUUCUUCUCAGCUUUGGAUAACAUCACGACCAGCUGCGAUUGGUCAAAUACCACCUGACCUUAUUGACCAACUGACCGAGGUAAGAGGCUUCAACGACUCCCAAAAGGAGGAGUACUUUGCAAAAAGGAUAAGCGAUCCAGACAUGUGCCAUAGGAUCAUCUCGCACUUGAAGUCAUCAAGAAUCCUUCACACUAUGUGCCACAUCCCAGUGUUCUGUUGGAUAUCGGCUACAGUUCUUGAAGGGAUAUUUAGUGAGAUCAUGGGUAGAGAAAUGCCCAAGACACUCACAGAAAUGUAUUCACACUUCCUGAUUUUCCAGACCAAGCAAAUGAGUCACAAAUACGAUGUGAAUUACAAGGCAGAUUUCAACUGGGACAGCCAGAGCACUUUGUUGCUUGGCAAACUGGCCUUUCAACAGCUUGAAAAGGGUAAUUUAUUGUUCUACGAGGAUGAUCUUAGAGAAUGUGGUGUUGAUCCCAACCUCGCCUCAGUGUUUUCUGGACUUUGCACACAGAUCUUCCGUGAAGAGGCAGGACUACACCAGGAGAGGAUGUUCAGCUUCAUCCACUCUAGUAUCCAGGAGUUUUUAGCUGCUUUGUACGCCUUCCUUAUGUUCGUCAACAGUCAGCAAAAUGUCCUAGGUCAUAAGACAAAUGCAAAAUUCGAAAGUGCUUUUAAAAAACUUUCAAUGCAUGAGUUCUUGAAGUGUGCUGUGGAUAAGGCGCUAGCAAGUGAUAAUGGACACUUAGACCUUUUACUCCGUUUUUUGCUGGGACUUUCCCUUGUGUCCAAUCAGACUCUUCUACAACCACUGCUAACUGAGACAUGGAGUGACCCUGAGGGCAGCCAAAAAACUCUUCGGUACAUCAAGGAAAAAAUCAGGUUCCAGCGUUCGGCAGAAAAAGCAAUAAGUCUCUUUCACUGUCUCAGUGAACUAAAGGAUGAUUCCCUGGUAGAGGAAGUGCAGGAAUACAUAAAGUCAGGGGGCUUUAGAAGUGAAAAGCUCUCUCCAUCACACUGCUCUGCUUUGGCCUACACUCUGCUGAUGUCUGCUGAGGAACUGGAUGUGUUUAACUUAACUAAAUGUAUUGAUCCGAGAUGGAUCUCAGAUGAGGGACUGUUGAGACUCCUGCCAGUGAUCAAAGCAUCCCGAUUAACUCUGAUGAGAUUGUGUAAUGUGACAGAGAAAGUCUGGAAAGGGCUGAGCUCUGUUCUCAGCUUAAGUGGCUCAUGUAUGAGAGAGCUCGAUUUGAGUUCCAGCAAUCUUAAUGAUACAGGAAUAAACCAUCUUGUUGUUGGACUGGGGAAUCCUCAGUGUAAACUAGAGGUUUUGAGACUUUUUAAUUGUAGAAUAGGUGAGGACGGCUGUGCCUCUCUAGCCUCAGCUCUGAGGUCAAACCCAUCUCACUUAAAGGAACUUGAUUUAACACACAACCAGCCUCAUGAUACAGGUGUAAAAAUGCUUUCUGAUGUGCUGGCAGACAUAAACUGUAAACUGGAAACACUCAGGUUUAUGGGUUGUGAACUGACCAGGAAAAGCUGUGCGGCCUUGGCCGAAGCACUUCAGUCAACCUGUUCUAGCUUGAAACAUCUGGAUUUGAGCAUGAAUGGUCUUGAGGAUUCAGGAGUAAAACUUCUUGGUGCUGGUCUGAAGAACCCUCUCUGUAAACUAGAGACGCUGAGCCUCUCAGAUUGUGAAAUUACAGCCGCCGGAUGUUCAGAACUGGCCUGUGCUUUAAAGUCGAACCCAUCACAUUUGAGAGUGCUGGACCUAAGUCUGAAUGACCUUACAGAUGCAGGAGUGACACACCUGCUUCCAGUGUUUGUUAAUCUAGAUAAACUAUGGCUGAAUAAUUGCAAUCUCACGGAACGAAGCUGUCAUGCGAUGGGUUACGCAUACCCUUCCACAUGCUCUAAACUAAGAGAAUUAAACCUAAAUGCAAAUGUCAUAAUGGAUUUUGGAUUGAAGCAUCUUGCCGUGGGAUUAUGUAAUCUUCUAUCAGGUCUCCAGUCACUAAGUUUAACUUACUGCAGUGUUAAGGAACAGGGCUGUGCUUUUCUGGCAUCGGCUAUAAGAUCAAACCACUCACAGCUAAAAGAACUGGACCUCAGAGGAAACAACCUAUCCGAUUCAGGGGCUAAACUACUAACAGAUCUGCUAGAAGAUCCGAAGUGUAAACUGGAAACUCUGGCAUUGUAUCCAGACUUCCCCUGUGGUGGUGAUGAUGAUGAUGGGAGUUAAUAUAGGGGAAUAACAGAAAAGAUUGACUGAUAUUCUCCUAGCACCCCAUCGUGCCUGAGAAAGAUCUAUUAUAAGGACAGAGGUGUACGCAAGACAUCAGGUUUUGAUGUUGUUCAUCAUGUAAAUUAUUCAAACAUACAUGGAACAGCCAUCACGGAAACUGGAGGUUUGGAACAUUCGUCAUGGUUUACAUAAUUGUGUGCGUGACUUGUGAGUUAGACUGAAUCGAAAGUUUCCCACCAUGAGUAAGAGCUGCUAUUCAGGUGUGCAAAAUGUGGAAUAACAGGUUGCUGAAUUAGUCAGACAUGUGAGUUUUGAGAGAACUUGAUACAACAAAGGCCGGACUUACCAUUGGGCUUGACUGGGAUCCAGCCCAGGGGCCCACGCCGUUCAGGGGGGCCCCGCCUGCUCUCAUUCAUUUGAGUUGUUUAGUUAUAAGCUAGUCACUUUAUAUUUAAUUUAAACUUUGUUCAUUGGUGUAGCAUAGCAAUAGCACUGCCUUAUGUGAGGCAUGCUUACGUUUAAUUGGCUAAACUUUCCGUCAGUCAUGUUGGCGUUUCUGAUUGGUUAUUUGUGGAUUCUAUCCGUCACGUUUAUCGCAGUUGAAACCUGUGUCUCUGCAUUAAGACGAUAUUAUAUUGGCUGACAAGCGGGAAAAAAACUAAGACAAUAAGGAACAGCAUUUAUUAAAAUGAAAAAAAAAAGAUUAUUUACACACCUGCCUACAACCAAUCAAUUAGUCUGAACACUCUGUAGAAACUGCCUAGCAACCACAUUUAAAAAAGGUAGCAACGUGCAUCCAUUCAAACACACGAACAUGACGUUUCUAUUUAUUAGUAUUAGUCUCAAGUAUUAAAGUGCAUAAGUAAACUUUCAAAAUAAUAUUAAUUAAAAGGUGUUUUACACCUUCGGACUUCCAAACUUUUCGUUUUCAAAUGCUGUACUUUGUUUUUCUAUACGGAUUUAUUGAUCAUUUUGUUUUCAGACCAGACUGAAGUGUUGUAUGAUUCAAUAAAAAUUAUGUAAAUCUCACUGUAAACAGCAGAGGGCGGUACAGUGUCGUUCAGUCCUCUCAGUGCGAAGAUAUUACAGUAUUUGAUCAGUUUUGUCAUGAUGUCAUGAUGUUGUUUCUCUGAACUGUAAUGAAAAGUUUUUUCACAAUGCAGUUUGGUGUUUAAACUUUCUAUGUAUUAUGAUACCAUUGGGCUUUUACUGCGUAAAGAUCUUUAUUUUAUUAGAACAUAUAAUAUUUAUUAUGCUAAUAUUUGCAUUUUUGUUGCCUCAAAGGAAUUUAGUACAAUAAUUCGAAAAAAGAAAACAGAGUAAAAGUAUAAAAAAUGUAAUGUAAAAAUAUAAUAAAACUAAUACAUGUAAAUGUUGAAUGUAACAUUAAAAACAUUAUUAUACAAUGAUGUUGCACUACUCACAUAGUUUUCCUUCUUUGAAAUGGGUCUAUUACAUCACUUAAUGUACUGUUACAUUUAAGUAAUGUGUUCCUUGUGUCACGUUACUUAAUCUCAGAUUCACCACAUCAAUAAACUGCACUCAAAAACAAA